GGAAUACUAUUAUAUUUAUUGCAAUAGGUACUUCAGUUUUGGUAACAAACAUUAUCGCAAUGGCGACAGUUUUUCACACUACCUUAAGACCUAUUUUAAUUUUAUCCAAGUGCAUAGGUUUAAUUGAUAAUGCAUAUACCUUGGAACCGAAUGGAUUAUUAGUUCGGAAAAUAGAUUCAACGUAUAAUAUAUUUCUAGAAAUAGCACGGAUGGUUGUGUUGUUGGUAUUCACACACAUAUACUUUCAUCAGCUCGAACCAGUAUUUCAUUUAUUUCAAUAUAUAAAUAUAAUUAAAUUUUGGAAUAUUAUUAUUGCAGCCAGAGUAUCAACAAUAUGGAUAAUCAAAUUUAUUAAUAGCAUCAUUGAAUUCGAUCGAAAAUUUACACCAUUUAGAACCAAGUUUUCAAUUCCGCAGUAUUCACUUAAAGGAAAAGAUUGGUAUAAGAUUUAUAUUUCGUUUAUUUUAUACUUUAUUGGAUUAAAAAUCUUACAAGCGUAUUUCUUUCCAAUGAAGACGGUAAACAUUAUUUCAUUUGUAUUCAGUUUAUUCACUCCGCCAUAUGUUAUGGAUUACGUAGUUACAAUAAUUUCGUGCUUUUUUCUUCAACAUCUGUACGUCAGAUUUAAGUCAUUGAAUGAUUUGUGGAAAUGUCUUCCUCCUGAAUUAGUUGCUGUUCCUGGCCAAUGGACAAAUAUCGAAAUAGUGGUUUUGAUGGAAAACACGCGACUGAUGCACACCGAACUCUGUGAAUUACUAAUAAAAUUUACUCGAGGAUACGGCCCAUUGCUAUUGGGUUUCUACACAUUCAGCUUUAUCUCUAUGCUUAUCGGUGAAUAUAUGAUAAUUUACGAUAGAACAAUAUUCCGCGCAGAUCCAGACAACGAUUACAGGAUUGUAAUUUCAAUCUUAGUUCAUAUACAAAUUUUCACCUUUAUGAUGUUUAUUAUCAUUUUUGUUUCGUCCAUAAACGAAAAGCGAAUGAAAAUGAUGUCAUAUCUACGAUCAUACCAAAUUUCAAAUUUACACCCGGACAUAAAACAACAAAUAAAAAUGUUUUUGCAACAAAUAUCAGCCUAUAAAUAUGACCAAAUUUCGGCAUUUGGAUUUUUUGAUAUCAAUUUAUAUCUUGUUUUAUCCAUACUUGUCCUAUUGAUAACUGGAAUAUCGACAAUGAUUCAGAUGAAAGAUCAUCCAAUAAUAUUACAUUUGAACAAUCAAACUAAAUUGUUCCUGAAAAAAGUAAUUAAAAAUAAAUUUUAAAGUGAUAAAUUAAUACUUUUUAAAUGAACGAAUGUUAGUUCCUAGAGGAGCUAUUUUUAGUUAAUUAGACCAAUAAGUUAGUUUCUCCACAAAAAAAUACUCACAUUUAUAAAUUUUUAUAAACAAAUUAAAAUAUCUAUGCUAUUUCUUGCAUUCGAAAAUAUAGUUAGGUUAACUAAUGUCAUGUUUUCGUGUUAAAUGUUAAUAUUAAUGUUAUUGAUAUGCCGAUUAUAAUUUCGAAUUUCGUGUGCAAAUUGAAACACCAAUAUUUUACUGUCUAAAUCGGUGUCAAUGUAUGAAUUGUAUA